AUGUGCAGUGCAUUAAUUGCUGCCUUUUCGGGUUAUGGACUCUUCGGGCUUGCUACACAACUUGGUGUUAAGUUUCUUGAUAAAUUUGCAAAAGUUGUUGAUUAUCGGUCAACAUUUCGGGUAAUCGAGUUCAUUUGGGUGGCGGUAGGAGUUGCGAUUCAUCAGUAUUGUCAGGAAAAAAAUAUUUCUAUUAAUGAUAUUUAUAAAGAAGACAAUAAUAUUUUAAAAGUGUGGUACAAUUUUUACCAGUGGGCGGGAUACUUGAAAUUACAUAAGCUCGGCAUUCGAAUGGCAAAUUUCGACCUACAAAUGCAUAGUUUGAUGGCAUUUGCACCUUUAUUCCCUGCUACAAGAAAAUAUAGAUAUACUGAAUCCGUCGCUCGAUUCUUAUCGGAUCUUCGAAGUAAUCCACAAUUUCUUCAAGAUCUUCGAUCCGUACCUUCUGUUAAUUUAACACAGGAAGGGAAAUCUUUGGCUCAUGACGAGUCCCUAGAAACAUAUGGAGUAAAAUUUCUUAAGGAAAAUUUGACUG